AUGUCGACUCCUCCAUUCCCUAACGAAUACCAAUUGCGUCUCGUAGCAGAGUCAAACGCAAAGGCUUGUCUGGUAUGUUAUAAACCCACCACAUCGGUACUCUUAGCCGGAAACAGCGCAGACUUCUUCUACGUCUGUCCCGGCCAUCUUAAAGACGAAUCCUUCAGUAUUCCCAUACAUCCAGACUCGUACACAAAGCUUUUGAGCGAAAAAGCAGAGUUAGAGAAGAAAGUUGUUGAAGCAAACUCGAAAGCUGAUGCCAAUAAACCCUACUCGUGGAAUAAGAUCAUGACAUCCAUGGGAUGGAAACCUGAAAAGAAGCUGGAAGAAGACUCAAAGUCUGACGAUGCUAAAGUCAAAGAAAAGACCUACGAGGCGCUUUUGGAUGAAGCCAGUGACCUCAAAAAGCAGCUUGCUACGUUAAAUGACAAUAUAUCCACGUUUAAGUUCAAAAAUUAUAGGUUGAAUGCUGACAUAUACAAGAUGCGAAUCAACAGUCACAUCCAGGCCAAGAUGCGGGCAAAGCGGCAACUGGAGAUCCAGAGCGGGUCCAUUUUCCCCUCAGCACCCACCAACAGUCUCCAGUAA